AUGGUCGCUGAAAGAAGAUUAGCACUUAAAAAUCUUAGACGGAAUCCAACCCCGGACAAUCUAGAUAUAUUAGAAAAAAAAGUUGCCGAUGCCAGAUUAUUUAUUACUAAAGCUGAUUGUAAAAGUUGGCAGUCCUUUUGUAAUAAUAUUAAUGAGAACACUACUGUUAUCGAUAUGUGGCAUAAGAUGCAGUGGAUGAAAGGCUUAAAAAGAACCAAAACGUGUACACCAGACGAUAAAAAACAAGAAUUAUUACAAACAUUAGCGCCUGACUUUGUAUCACCUAGCAUUCCAGAAUUCAGAUCAAAAAAUAUAGUAUUAGAAGCACCAUUUACAUAUCCAGAAUUAUACAAUAGUUUUUAA